AUGAAUGGCGCGGAAGCAUACGAUGAACUGUUCACGCCAAAUCAGGAAUUGAUGGAUAUUUAUCAGAAGAGAGAACUGGAAGUAAGAUAUUUGAAGUUUAUGGAGAAGAGAUUUGUGAUUAAGGAUGGAGAGCUGAGUGAGCUACCACCAGAACAAGCCGAUGACAAUAACCCUCUUCCAAUGAAUUUCCACGUGGAGGACAAUUUCACGUAUUCCGAGACUUCAAAACUGUUGAAACCUUCUGAAUGCAAGAUUCUUCGAGCGGAAUUCGACACGAGGGAGAGAGAUAUCUUUGUGAAGGAGUUGGAAGCGAGGGUCAAGGUGCUCUGGCCCAACUCAUCGUUCUCCUCGGUGUCCUGUGGAAGUCAUGUGUGUGAAUCGAAAUGCGAACGAGCCAUCGUCUUCUCGUCGGAGUCGAAUGAUUGUGGGGAGUGGUUGGGUAAAUGGUUCACGGGAUGUGUUGUUGUAUUCUGUGAUCACAAACAUGUCUUGGCUUAG